AUGUCAAACAAGAACUAUGCUCAAACAGUUUUUUCCCCUCAGUGCGAAGAAUAUGAUGCUGGUAGUUGUGUGCUCGGCCAUUCACGGGCCGACAUCUUCGAACGCUACUACAUCUCGCAGAAGGUGAAGCGGGAUGUUGAGUCUGCAUAUCUUGGAUGUCCGGCUCGCGAAUUGGUCAUCCGUGCUGUGGGAAUGAUGAACUUGACAUGGGACCCAAGGGUCCAAAAGGACUUGACGGAUGAACAGAAAUCUACCAUCGACCAGCACCCUUGUCUUAUCGAACUCGGCCGACAAAAGCAGAAUCUGGUAAGUGAUAUGAAAUGCCAAUACGGAUCCGUCCCAAAGGCUCAAACCAUCCAGAGUGAGAGACGAUUCCUGAGGAAAUGUGCGAGGGACGAGAUCCGCGAACGGUUUUUCGCGCAGAUUGACACCAUUGAGAUUGAACAUCAGCUUCUGGGAUUAUCUCUGCCCGAUGAUCUCAACGUUGAGGACGCGGAUGAUGUUCGCUUCGCGUCUGCUGAACGAGCCUGCCUCGCACGUAGCCUCUUUCAGCCUCUUAGUAGCUCUGUCCAUAAAACAUGUGAGCUCCACGGUCGUCGGGUGCAGGUCAUCCGUGACUGGACCGCGCUCUGUGGCCUGCAGGGGGUUCCUUACAAGCAGAAGGCUUCACUUGGCGACCUCGUAACCUUGAAAGGGGAGCUCAAGCCGAUAGACGUUGAUAUAUUUCCGAUGAUCUGUCCAGCCACUCAAUGCCUGUUCUGUCUUGGGAAUGAACAGUGGGCAUGCAAUUUCAGUCCGUAUUCAUUCUCACGUACAGAAAAGAUGCGGAGACAUGUGUACGAUUGCCACCUCCGCUAUCUGGCCUCGGAUGCUUGUUUUCCAUGUCCUCAUCCAGUCUGUUCAGAGAAUGUGCGGGGCAUCGCCUAA